AUGCUAUCGCUCAUCUUUGCCUACAGUUUAGAGGAGUUGCUGCCAGAACUCAGCAACGGCCUGGUACCUGCUACCAGGCAGACAGAGCUACAGUUUUACCUGGUUGGGCCCCUGUCCUUUGUAUCUGUGCUCUUCUCCUCACAGCUUAGAAGAACAGAGAAACAAUACUCCUGGUACCGGACUGGGAGUAAACUACAAAGCGAGAGAGCAAUGGUGAUUCGGGGGAAGCAGCCCAGCAGCAGCGAGCUGUUCCUGCUGUGCCUUUUUCUGGGGCUGUCGUCGGAAGCUUGGGCUGGGAAGAUCCGAUACAUGGUGCCAGAAGAGACAGACAAAGCUUUCUUCGUGGGCAACAUCGCUGAAGACCUGGGGCUACAACCUCAGGAGCUCACAGAGCGCAGAGUUCGCAUCAUCUCUAGAGGUAGGACACAGCUUUUUGCUCUGAACCCUCGAAGUGGCAGCUUGGUCACAGCGGGCAGGAUAGACCGGGAGGAGCUCUGUGCUCAGAGUGUGCAGUGUCUGGUGAGUUUUAACAUCUUGGUAGAGGAUAAAAUGAAGCUUUUCCCUGUUGAAGUGGAAAUAAUUGAUAUUAAUGACAACGCUCCCCAAUUUCAGUUAGAUGAAGUGGAAUUUAAAAUGAAUGAAAUAACUACUCCAGGUACCAGGAUCCCUCUACCUUUUGGGCAAGACCUUGAUGUGGGUAUGAAUUCACUACAUAGCUACCAGCUCAGCUCCAAUCCUCAUUUCUCCCUGGAUGUGCAAAAGGGACCUGAUGGAUCCCAACAACCAGAGAUGGUGCUGCAGAGUCCCCUGGAUAGGGAAGAAGAAGUUGUGCACCACCUCCUCCUCACAGCCUCUGAUGGGGGCAACCCAGUCCGUUCAGGAACCCUCCGCAUUCAUGUUCAGGUAAUAGAUGCAAAUGACAACCCUCCAGCAUUUACUCAAGCACAGUACCACAUGAGUGUCCCAGAGAAUGUGCCACUGGGCACUCAGCUGCUUAUGGUUAAAGCUACUGACCCAGAUGAAGGAGCCAAUGGGGAAGUAACAUACUCAUUUCACAAUAUAGACCACAAAAUAGCCCAGAUAUUUCAGUUGAAUUCUUACACAGGAGAAAUAUCAAAUAAAGAAGCCCUGGAUUUUGAAGAAUAUAAAAUUUAUUCAAUGGAAAUUCAGGCUCAGGAUGGCGCAGGCCUCAUGGCCAGAGCUAAGGUGCUGGUCAAAGUUCUGGACAUAAAUGAUAAUGCCCCAGAGGUGACCAUGACCUCUGUCACCACUUCAGUCCCAGAAAACUUUCCUCCUGGAGCUAUAAUUGCUCUUAUCAGUGUGCAUGACCAGGACUCUGGAGACAAUGGUAACACUACAUGUUCCAUUCCUGGAAAUCUACCCUUUAAAUUAGAAAAGUUGGAUGAUAAUUAUUACCAUUUAGUGACAGAAAGAACUCUGGACAGAGAACUUACCUCCAGGUACAACAUCACAGUAACAGCAACAGAUCAGGGAACUCCAGCUCUAUCUACUGAAACCCACAUUUCACUGCAAGUGACAGAUAUCAACGACAAUCCCCCUGUUUUUCCCCAGGACUCCUACUCUACCUUCAUUCUGGAAAACAAUCCCCGAGGUGCCUCCCUCUUCUCUGCAACAGCCCAUGAUGCCGACAGCAAUGAGAAUGCACUAGUCACUUACUCCUUGGUGGAGGACACCAUCCAGGGGGCACCUCUGUCCUCGUAUGUUUCCAUCAACUCAGACACUGGCGUUUUAUAUGCCUUGCGAUCCUUCGACUAUGAGCAGUUCCGGGACCUUCAACUGAGAGUGAUGGCGUGUGACAACGGGGACCCACCGCUCAGCAGCAAUGUGUCGCUGAGCCUGUUUGUGCUGGACGAGAACGACAACGCUCCGGAAAUUCUGUACCCCGCCCUCCCCACCGACGGUUCCACCGGCGUGGAGCUGGCGCCCCGCUCCGCAGAGCCCGGCUACCUGGUCACCAAGGUGGUGGCGGUGGACAGAGACUCGGGCCAGAACGCCUGGCUGUCCUACCGUCUGCUCAAGGCGAGCGAGCCAGGGCUCUGCGGGCUGGUGGGCGUGCCGGCCUCGCACUUUGUGGGCGUGGACGGGGUGCGGGCUUUCCUGCAGACCUAUUCCCACGAGGUCUCCCUGACCGCGGACUCGCGGAAGAGUCACGUGAUCUUCCCCCAGCCCAACUACGCGGACACGCUCCUCAGUCAGGAGAGCUGUGAGAAAAGCGAGCCUCUGAGUCUGCUAGAG